AUGAGCGCCCGAACUAGAAGACAAAAGGCCGCGCUGGCCGCCCAGCCCGAAGGAAGCGACGACAUCUCAUCGACGAGUAAUGGCACAACACAGAGAUCACCAAAACAAAGCAGGUCAGCCACACCGGAAGACGAUGGAGUGAAAGAGAACGUGUAUCUCUUUGCUCCCAACAUAAUUGGUUAUGUGAGAGUCGUGCUGGCGAUUGCAUCCCUCUACUAUAUGCCUCUCCACCCACGAACGUGCUCGAUUCUAUACAGCGUUUCCUGCUUGCUGGAUGCCUUGGACGGAUAUGCGGCGCGGUAUUUCAACCAGUCUACCACGUUCGGCGCUGUGCUAGACAUGGUGACUGAUCGUUGCACAACUGCCUGCCUCCUCGUCUUCCUGAGUUCGGCCUGGCCACGAUGGGCGCUCAUCUUCCAGUCUUUGAUCGCCUUGGAUAUGGCCAGUCACUACAUGCACAUGUACGCGACCCUCAGCAUGGGAGGUUCUAACCAGAGCCACAAGAAAAUCGAUUCUUCACGAAGCUGGAUUCUAUACCUCUACUACAACAGCAGGACUGUUCUGUUCAUCUGCUGUGCUCUCAAUGAGCUCUUUUUCAUCGGCCUCUACCUACUCUCUUUUUCGUCUCCCACCCUAUCGCCUUCGCUACUUCUGCCCCCACAAGGUGUCACCGUGGGCGGAACGCCUCCGCCUCCUGCCUCUACGAGCGUCUUCGCUAGCCCCUGGAGUGCUGGGGCGCUCGAGUUGGCCCGGGCCAACAAGAUUGACAGCUUCUGGCCCUGGGUGAUUACUGCCGUCUCGUUCCCGGUCAUGGCUUUCAAGCAGUUUGUCAACGUUGUGCAGUUGGUCAAGGCGUCCAACUGGCUAGUGGAAGGAGAUCUUGAAAGCCGACGGAAGGCUCGGAAGGCUCGGAAGAAUUAA